AUGCCAAAGUAUUUAUUGCUCAUAUUAUUACUGUUGAACAUGAAAGAGUUCCAAGGAAGUCUUUUGCGCGGGACUCGUGUUCGUAACGGUCAAUUUCCAUGGUUGAUACAAUUUCACACGAUAUCGCCAUGCGGCGGAGUUCUUAUAACGCCGGAUUGGGUUCUUACUGCAGCUCAGUGUGUACAGUAUAAAAGAAACUCAAUUGAGCUCUAUGCGACUGGCUUGAACGGAACAGGCUCGAAUCAAACUGUCAGUGUCAAAGCCACCUACAUUUAUCCACAAUUUCGUGGAUAUUCAAAAUUUCGGGAUUACGACAACAACAUAGCACUGUUGAAACUCGUUAAGGCCUUCGACAUGUGCGAUCCUAAAAUACGUCUGCUGCACAUAGCCCCCAUGAGGCUUGACGAAGAUUAUAAAUCUUGCCUGAUAUUUGGUUGGCAAAGCACUGUAGCACCUUCCUCGAAAGUUCACGCUAAACCGAUACAGUACAGUCAGGUCUUGUUGAAUUCAUGGCGCGUUUGUUUGUACAUGCACGAGGGUAACGCCAGUUUUAAAAACGUUUUUUGCACUAUGGUCGAAGACGAUAACGGUAUACGAGCUUGUGCAGGGAAUCCAGGCUCACCGGUUGUUUGCGAAGAUCAGUAUCAAAGAAUGAUUCUUCUUGGAAUAGCAUCUUGGUCCAAUUAUUCCCUGGAGUGCGGCGGUCUUCCAACUUACCUUGGUGUCAGCAUAUUCAGAUCUUGGAUGGGGGAUCUCAUUUUUGGCAACAAAGAUACCGAAGAGUGGGAAAGUGGUAUGGGGAGUUCAACCAGGGCUUGUGAUCGUAACAUACAUAUAGACGAUGAUAUGCAGCUGCCAAGAAUUAGGAACUCUACGGAUCAGGGAUUGAAGCGGAAACAAUUUAUUCACUCUGACUCGGAGGAACCUGAGGACACUGCUUAUGAUUUAUCUUGGAAAUCUAACAAACAUAAUCCGUUUACUAGCGAAUCAAAACGAAAAGUUGAUGAUUAUUCAAAAAUUUCUGAUCUGGAGGAUUCAAGAAUUGUACAAAACUUUGAUGUUGUUCGCGUUCGGGAGAAAGAAUUAAGCCAAUAUCGUGAAAUUGGUAAAAUGGAUCCUUAUCAUUUUGAAAGUACGAUGGACAAACACAUAGCUGUGCCAUCGGAACAUAAAAAUAUUGCUCGAGUUAAUCACAAAUCCUUAAAAGUGAAUUAUGAUCGCAAUAUCGUUCGAGGACCUGGAAAUUUGGAUGAUAUUGAACUCAUCAUGCCUGAUGGAAUUGAUGAUUUCCAAACCUCCUAUUCUUCCACGAGUGUCUUACGUAAUGGACAUUUUCAGAUUUUAUACACAAUCUACUUUGUGGCUAUCGUCGACAUCCUCAUUUGAUAAAUUUAAUUAUUUGCAUCUUAAACACACCUUCAUACAUUAUUUUCAGAUUAAAAAAUUUUGUAUUAUAUUUGUAUUUUGCUGUUACACGAAUAUGCAUUUUUUCCACAUCAAUGAAAUGUUCUUGUAAUUGUUCGUAUAUAAAAACAAUGACCUUUAAGCUAGUUCAUUAAUGUGAUACACAAAUUUAUUGGAAACAACCCUCAUAAAUAUUUGGAAGUGUGAGUUCUAAAAAGUGGCAAUGGAAUUUUUUUUUUCCACUAGCCAAUAGGCAUGUCUAAGAAUGAUAAUCAUACAGUAACCUUUACUUGCUUUUAAAGAACGUUUUUUAACACAUUGAAAAUACAAUCAGUUAUCUAUCGGGAACACAAAGUAUAUCACAAUAUAAGACAAAGAGCAAAGCUUUGAGAAUAUUUAGGGAUGAAAUUAAUUUAAUUGAAAUUUGAAUGAGCAAUAAAAGGAUUUAAUCAUC